AUGGGCGCCUCGUCAUCCAAAGCAGCUCGUCGACUCCCGACUUCCACCACCUCAUCAAACAUCUCCCGGGCCACAGCCCAGGGUGUCAAACCUUCUACACCACCCUAUGGCGGACAUCCACCUCCAGGAUCCCCCAAACCCCCUCCAGAUGGUCAAGAACCCGAUCCUUUGAUGGAAGCUCCGACGUACCUUGAACAAGGUCUUGCAGGUGAGACGAGGACUCCCUCGGAGCAAGACGGCAAAGUGCAACCUGGAGGUAGGGGCGUGAAUGUUGGUGCUGAUGCUGAUACCAAGGGGAUGGCUAGAGGUGGGAUGGGCAGAGUGGAAUUCAGUGGAGCUAAAGAUGAUGCUAUCACCAAAGACGCUAUGGAUCCUCAAUUCAUGAACAACCUAAGUAGAUUAGGUCAAGUACGGAUCCAGGAUGCAGGGGAGUUCGUGCCAACCCAAGCUCAACGUACCCUUCUCUCCCGAUCAUCCCACCCCGAAUACACGACCCCCCUCACCCCAUUUAGCGCACCACCAACCAACCACCUCACCGUGCCUCUCCUCGUAUCGUUACUUGAUAAACUCAAGUCGCUCUCGCCCACUCAGGACGUCUCGGCUGUGUAUAAGGAGUACGGAGUGGAGAAGAGCGUGAUGGACGACGUGAGGAGAUUUGUUAAUAGUGUUUCGGUAGCUGAGGAGGAUGAAGUGAGGGUAGAGGAAGGGGAGGAAGUUAGGGAGAUGAAAGCUAUCUGGGUAUGA